AUUAAAAAUGGAAACAAAAAAGAUGAGUAAAUUCAAAGUCAAACGUUCCAAAGUUGUGGAUAAAGAAGACACAAUUGAAAACACGUAUGAUAGCUCUAAUGACAACACAAGUCCAAAACAGAAGAAUAAAGAUCCUUUGCCAGGGUCAAAGAGAAGAUACAAUCAAGUUCAAACCAAGGAAGACUUUGUAAAAAGUUGCAAAAAGUUAGAAUUUUGUGAAGAAUUCAAACCCAAAAAGAUGAGCGAUGUCCUAGUUGCUAAAGACCGUGUGAAAAUGUUCACUGAUUUUGUGAGUAAUCCUAAGAGUAAGAUUCUAUUCCUUCUUGGACCUUCAGGGUGUGGCAAAUAAAUCCCUCUUAAACGCAUAUUGCUUGGAAAACAACAUGCAACUCCUAAAAUACAAGGACACCCAAGUCGACUUAUUCACUGGCCCAGAAGAGAGCUACACAAAUGUACCUUCCGACUUCAUCUCCUUGACCACAUUCCUAGUCGAAAACAUGUAUUCCCAAGUAAAAAGGACCAAAAUCUCAAGAUUUUGUUCCAAGUUCAACAAAUCAAUGACUUUUAAAAGACCAAGGAAGUCCAAAUCUACAAAGAAGCUCAGGAACAUUCUCUUGAUCGAUUAUCUUCCCCAAUGCCUCAAGUUCUACCGACCAGAAAGAGCAUCCUAUCUUCGUGAACUGAAUGAAAUCUUGAUUAAAUUCAUUCAAAAUGACGAGACAAAUAUAGUCGUCUUUACUUUCAGUGAUGGGAAGGAGGCUAAUCACAAGUUUCUAAGCAAGAUCUUUGGUGAUGAAAUGCUCCUAAAUUCAUCUAGUAAUAAGCCCUCCUCAAAUGAUUUUCAAGGCAGAAGCAACCAAGGACUUCAAGAAAGCAAGAGAGAAGUGGCUCAUCAGCAAUCUGUAAUCAACAAUCAGGCUACAUGAAUAAUCACUCUGAACCAAAUAACUGAAAGGAAUAUCAAAUAAGGCUAUGACAAAUGUAAUCGAAAACAAAGGAAUAGAAAUUAGUGAUGAAAAAUUACGUGAAGUCAUUGAGCAAUCCAAGCGUGACCUAACCAAAGCUCUGUCAAACCUUCAAUUCUUAGCAGCAGGAAAGAUGGGAAGAGAACUUGGUACAAAAUCCAAAAGGAAGAAUAAGAGAGUCAAAAGGAAUCUCAAUGUUGAAGACUUUUUCACUCAAGAAGUGCAGAACCCUAAAAGUCAAACUCAAGAGAAGAAUGAUUUGAAACUUAACAAGGAUUAUGGACUCUCAAUCUUUCAUGCUUUAGGAAAGUUCCUGUACAACAAAAGAAUUGAUCCAAGGACUAAGAAGGAAAGAAUAAUGACUUCUAAAGAACUGCAGGCAUCUCCAAAACCAAAAUCGUAUAUAAACCAUGAGGAGGUACUUAACAAAGUUCAGACUGAAAAUCACAUUUUCUCUCUAUAUCUACAAGAGAAUAUGUAUGAGAUGUUUAAUGAUAUUGAGGACUUAAGCAAGGUAUUACAGGUUUACAGUCAGAAUGAUAUGCUCACAACUGUUCAUGAUUACUCCUUUGCCAAUACCAAAUAUUAUGACGAAGUGCAGGACCAAUGCAGUCUCUCAGAAUCCUUAGCUGUCACAGAGUAUAAUAUUUAUGGAGGAGAUAGCACAGAUCGGAAGAAAAUGAAAAAGUUUGUAAAACCGCAAUGGUUUGAUUUGAAAAGAAAAAUCCGGGAAAACAAAACAGUGAUUUUUGAUACCACCCGUGUAGACCAGAUAUGUCAAAAAUAAGAUCAUAAGUGAGGGACUUCUGACAGCUUCGUGCUCUAAAAUAGCUAGUGAAUACCUUCCAUACUUGAAGGCGAUGAGAAUUUUGCAUAAAUAUGAAGUCCUCCGGCCUCUGCUUGACAUUAAGGGUAUUGAAAAUACCUCCCACGGCAAAGAACAAAUUGGAAGUGAGGAGCAUUUUAAUGACAGAAAGGAACAAGCUUUUCGAGAGAAGGAAGAAGAGAAAAAGCAUGAUAAUAAAAGACAGCAGCAAAGAAAAGACAACAAAGAUGGUCUCGCAACUAUGGGUAGGAAAGAGCAGCUUGCUCAAUACCAACAAGAAGAGAUUGAAGAUUCUGAAGAUGAGAUAAAUGAUCAAGAUUUAAUAGAUGUCUUAGAAGACUUAGAUUCUGACUCAGAAGAGUUCUCAAUUAAGGAGGAAGACAUCCCAGAUAGUGAUUAAUAUAACCAGUAUAUUUAUAAAAUACAUCAACUUUC